CGCACUGUGGGCUGUCCCCCCUGCGCUCCUCUCCGGCUCGGGUUACAGUUGAGCUCGAGCUGCUGCACUUACCGGAGCGCAGAGAGUGUUUUUGCACGGUUUAAAAAAAAUACCGGCAUGGAAAUGUUGGCGAGCGGAUUUAGAGGCAGGGUGCGGGCUGGUGAGCAGGUCUAAUCUUCCCUCGGCACUUUUUGUGUCCGAGCAGCAGCAAACAAGGAGGAGACGUACAGUUUAUUUACGCACCGGCCACGCAGCAUGUCCCAGUCGGACUAGAAGCGACCCUGCUGGAGCGCAACACGCACGCGGAACGGCGCUGAGAGCCCGGGAGGAAUAUUUACAAUAGAAACUCAAUUCCUUUUGUGAGGAAGAAUAGCUGGGGGAGGAGGAGUGAAAGAUAACACUGGAAUGAAGUGGACCUCGGGAUUCCCAGCGUGCUGCGGAGUUGUGACUGAUGGAUGAAUGUGGUCAUCUGUAGGCUAUAUCCAGCGACAGGUACAGACACCAGCAGGGGAGCUUUGACAAAGACACGGCGCAGCGCUUCAUCGGCAGCCGCAUCGCCAGAUUGUGUCUCCCCCAAAAAAACUGUGCGAUCGGUUAGAUCUGUUUCAUCACACAUCAGAUCGCAUCGCUGACUUGUCUCUACAGAGUAAGAAGGUCACGGAGGGCUGUUUUUGUCUCAGCCACAGGUCAACCAGGACACUCGGGGCUGCUUUCAUACCAGAGCUAGAACUGGGGGCUUCUUCGCAAGUCCUGCGGACAGUUCAGUCAAGGACACGGGGGUCUGGAGCAGAUUUUUAAAAGGUCGGACAGAAGGACAUGUAUCUGAUAUCGACCUCACAUGCUCCCGACUGAUCGUUGCUCACCUUCCCACAGAUAAAGGCUGCCAGGCGCACCGUCCGACGCUCUGAGUUAUCGGCUCACUGUCUGCACAUUUAUCAGAAUGGCGGGACUCGCUUGUUGGAAGUAUUACCUCUGGAUCUUUAUUUUAAUGUGCAGGUCGGCGUUACCUUCGGCGAAAUCGCUGGAGACUAUAAUUUGGAGCUCGCAGAAUCCCAAGUUUGUGGCUGGAAAAGGCCUGGUGAUUUACCCAGACAUCGGGGACAAGCUGGACAUCAUCUGUCCCAAAGCAGACCAAGGCAGAGACUAUGAGUUCUACAAGCUGUACCUGGUGAAGAGGGAGCAGGCGGAGAGCUGCAGUACGAUCCUCGAUCCGAAUGUCCUGGUCAACUGUAACAAGCCUGAGAAGGACAUCAAGUUCACUAUCAAAUUCCAGGAGUUCAGCCCCAACUACAUGGGCCUGGAGUUCAAGAGGAACUUCAACUACUACAUCACCUCAACCUCCAACGGUACAGUCGAGGGCCUGGAGAACCGGGAGGGAGGCGUGUGCAAGAGCCGAGCCAUGAAAGUCAUCAUGAAAGUCGGGCAAGUCCCAAACGCAGCGAACCCCGUGGCGCCGGAGGCUCCAGAAGACAACGCCAUACCGGAGUCCAGUCCCAGUCCGCCUGACCAGGGUCACAUUGGACCCGAGAUGCCAGGAAACCCUGACACCAUGAAUCAGGACCAGUCUGGUUCCCCAGCAAACUCGGACGGCAUCCUCGGCUCCAAAGUGGCCGUGUUCUCCGCCAUCGGGGCAGGCUGCAUCAUCUUCCUCCUGCUCAUCCUCCUCCUCAUCAUCCUGCUUAUCAAGAUGCGCAAGCGCGCCAGGAAAAACGCCCACUCUCAGCCCCGCCCCUCAGCGCUUUCUCUCAGCACCUUGUCCAAUCCCAAGCUGCCCGGGGGCACGGCUGGCACGGAGCCCAGUGACAUCAUCAUUCCGCUGCGGACAGAGAACAACUACUGCCCUCACUAUGAGAAGGUGAGCGGCGACUAUGGCCACCCCGUCUACAUUGUCCAGGAGAUGCCCCCGCAAAGCCCCGCUAACAUCUACUACAAAGUCUGACAUGCUCCGCACAGCCAGCGACACCGCCAGGAGAAGAGGAAGAGAGGAGCGCUUGAUUUAUGUUCUUAGGAAGAACACUUUCCUUUGCAUUUUGGGGACUUGAUGCUUCUUCAAGCCCAUGUUAUUUCUACCACCUGCUGCACAAAUCUGGAGAGAGAACGCACUGACCAGUGACCAGCGGGGUUGUGAGCUGACUGAUGAGUGAGGUUUAUUCUGUUUGUUUGGGUUGUCUGACAAUCCCCACCCGCCCCUCCUCCUCCUCCCCUCACCUCCCCACCUUCUACAACUCCCCACUGUGCUCCGACAGGGGGGGUGCGGGGCUGGAGCGAACCAACAGAUGGAACUCUAGCAUCCUGGUUUGCUGUCCCCUUUAACGGGCAGGAUAUAACUUAUCUCAGUUCCCUGAAGUACAGUCUGUGCUACACCCAAUUAAACACACCAUCCCAGCACACUAGCCAGGAACAGGCAGACACAGGCCCCGGACGCCACUCAGCCUGCAGUUUGUGUGCGAGCAUAAAACGUGUGUGUGUGUGUGUGUGUGUGUGUGUGUCUGUGUGCGCGUGUGUUAGUCAGGGCUCCGUGCUGGGCCAAGAAACUCUCCAGAUAGCUCAGGUAUCAGACACAGUGUGUGGAAUAAUGUGUUCCUCUCCCUUCGCACCUCUGAUGUUUGCCUUACUUACUAUUUUUGAUGGAGGAUUUCCUCGAACCCUGAUUCAGUUCACAAAGCAGUUGUAUUUUGUUAGACUUUUCCUACAAGUGCACAAUGUAUAGAGUUGAAUAGAUCAUCAUUAUUACUCCAUUGUAUCACCACCCAUGUCAUCCAUCGCGUUCAUUCUUUUCCAGAGAAAGUACCUUGACCUGGACUGUUGACGUCGAUGUGUGUGUUUGUGUGUGUUCCCAGGAAUACUCCCCUCUCUACUGGUCUGAUAUGAGCUUUACCAUUACUCUGGUAUUUAUGACCUACUUGUGUGUAUUUGAAGGGUGCGUCCUCUGUGAGUGUGUAUGUGUGUGUGUGUGUGUGUGUGUUCGGGCAUGUCCGGACCAGUCUUGUAUCUGGGCAGACUUAACUGGCUUAGGGAUAGAACACCAAGAUACUGUAUCGCAGAGUUCAAAAACAAGACAGACUGAGUGACGCGCCGACAGACAGACAAGCCCAAGAUCUUACAAAACCUUUCUAGUGCUCCAGUUGGCACAUAUUGAAGGUUUUAUUGUCUCUGAUGAGCUUUCGGGGAGAUGGUUUUUAAGACAGCAGGCAGGUUGAUAUUUGUUUGUUCUGGCUUCUGGUGCUACGGUGUAAGCAUCAAACACUUAGUUUGGUGCCUGCUGCCUGGGCGAGGCGGGCGUAGGUUGUGUAGUCGGCACUGAUUGGCUGGCCUACAUAGGUAGGAUGCCCUAUAUAUAAGUUGGAUGGCGAGCCACGGCUGAACAUUGGGAUACAGUAUUGUUAGGUGCCAAUUGGCUGCCAUCUGUGGAUGAGUCAGUGGAGUGCACAGUCAGUGGUGUCGCCAGCGUGUGACUAAUCUAUGUGCCAUCUCCGUGCCCACACUCACCAGCCGGGGAGAAGAGAGAGCGAGAGUGGCGGAUAAAGGAGAAAAUGUUCCUGUGACUUGGCUUUAACCUGAGAGGAAGAUGGCGGUGUGGAUGGGGAUGAGAGGGGGGGGGUUGAUGGAGGGUAGUUUAGCAUUCAUUUUUCCAUCCUCUCACCAGUUGUGCUGUGAAUAAAAAUGCUGUGCAGAAUAUUCCUCAGUCAAGGUGUUCAGCCAGCGAGGACACUGCAGCUCAGCUAUCACACAGCCCAGGGCAGCGGCACCGAGACAGGAUUUACUGCAGCUGGAUGUGUGCACGUGUGCACGGCGAAGCUCGCUUUUUAGGUGGUGGGGUGGGCGUUCGAAUCUGUGUGCACAUGGAGGUGCUUCUGUGUGAGUGCUUAUUUGUGCUUAUAUUUGCAGUUUUUUCCGUGUGUGUGUGUGUGUGUGUACGAAUGUGGUCUCGUAGCUGAACAGACUUGUUUUGGGACUGGAACUCCAAACAGUGUGGCUGCCAAAGUACGGAGCGCCGCAGUCCCGGUUAAUGAUGUGUGAGAGGAGAGGGGAGCAGAUAAGGACAGUUAUUCCUCAGCACGCAGACACGAGCUGACGUUUGACGCACAUGUGCACACACACGCACAGACACACCGAGACUGACGGGUCCAGGUUUAUCUCCAGUCAAACGGUCAGGCUGCCUGGUGAAUGUUUAUCCACCGGCAGAGACACCUAUCAUCUGCUGCCACAUACUAUUGCCAUCCACGGAUAUACACUGCUGAGUUAAAAGGCAGCCCAGCUUGAAGACUCGGGGAAGACUCCGGUGGCUUUUUGUGUGUCGUUAACCUCAGAGUUAACAACCUAAACAGCUGCUCGUGCUUUUGUGGUCCUGUGUUUUAACUCAGCAUGCAGCCCUCAGUGGCCCUCUGUGAAACACAUUUAAAUCAAAUAUUUUUGUUUCGGAUCGGUGCGCAUCCAUUCACCUACACCAGCCAAGGGAGUCAUUACCAAAUUACCACAAACCAUAUCUCAUUUUUAUUCAUUCUAGUGACCACUUAAUGUUAUUCAAAGUUUUUUUGGGGCGGGAAAAAAAAAAUUAAAAGGAGAUAACAGACAAAUGUAAAUAUAUGGAUAGAGCCCAAUUUAAGAUGUAAUUUCACCUGAACACUGCUCAUAAGAAAAAUUUAAGAUUAGAUUUUUGUAAUGGAGGAUGUUUGUAAAUAGCUGUCUUUUUAAAGUGUGUUUUGUAUGAAUCCUUGCAUUUUUUUUUUGUCUCUGUUUGCAAUAUGUUUUUAUUUUAUUUUCUUUUAGAGUUCAACUGAAUAUUGCAACGGACACACGAGCUGUCUUUUUUUGCAGCGUCCAGUAUUGUCAAAAAAGUCUUUGUUACCACAUGUGUUAGAGGAAAAAAAAAAGAAAAACUGGGGUUCAGAGUUUUUACAUCGCCAUUCAACAGGAUUCUAGUUGCUCAGAAACUGUUCAGGACUGAAGCUUUGUCAUCGAGCAGCUUUGAAAUGGAUAGGUCAUUGAAACUAUGAAUGAUAAGGCCCCCUUCCCUGUUGGAGACAGCACUUAACUCUGCGUAUGAAGACUGUGUAAUUCCACUGCCUUUCAGUUACCCACACCUUCCACUCCAUUAUUAGAUGUAACAAAAACAUUUUGGUCCACAAAGAUUAAUCUUUUCGCAGUUUUAAUAAGUCUAUCGGGCUAGAUGGAGAGAGGCGUAGAGUGAGAGGGGGAGAAGGAGAAAAAGGGGCCACGUAUGAGAGUGUGACCGCUCUGCGCUCGCCAUAAAUCAUCCGGUUUACACCACUCAUUAUCUCCCAGGCGGUCCUUUGUUUUAAAGUUGCUCUCUCCCUCCUUUCCUAAUUUAGCACAAGGAUGUUGGUCGCUCAGCUCAUGGUAUGAGCCUCACUGUAGGUUGAUUUCUGCUAUUGUUCAAAGCCACAGUAUUAUUUUUUCAAUGUGCAUGUGUAAGCAAAACCUGUUGAAUUUGUUUCCCUUUGUUUGAAUCAUAACUGUCAAGUUUUGUUAUUUUAUUUCUUUCUUUUUUUUUUUUUUUUGCCAUUCACUUCUUUCGCCGCUUCUCAGCGUAACCUAUUGGCACCAGCUACAAUGGAAAUAAUGUUCCACCAGUUUGGAAACUACCGCAU